AUGUCUUCCAAAAAGCUCCUGGUUGUCAUUGGCGCCACGGGCACCCAGGGGGGAUCCGUCAUCGAGACGAUAUUGUCCGAUCCAGCCUGGCGCAUUCGCGGUGUAACUCGCAACCCGUCCAGCUCGAGAGCCCAGACCCUGGCGGCAAAAGGCGUGGAGCUAGCCCAAGCCGACAUCAACGACCCGUCUACUCUGACCCAAGCCUUCGAUGGUGCCCAUGCUAUCUUCGGCUUGACAGACUCAUGGUCACUGUUGAAUCCGAAGAACGAGAGCAAGUUAAAGCCCGGCCAAAGGCUCAUCGAAUGGGCCUUUGAAGAAGAGUUGCAAUAUGGCAAGAACAUAUUCGAUGCUGCUGCUCAGGUCCCGACGUUGGAACGGCUGGUGUAUUCGACUUUGCCCCAUCUGAAGAGAUUGUCGGGCGGCAAGUAUGACAAGGGCUACCAUUUUGACGCAAAGGGGUUCGCAGUUGAGUAUGCAAAGGAGAAGUAUCCCGAGUUGUGGGGGAAGACGAGCUUGGUUCAAUUGGGGUUCUAUCUGUCGAAUUUCAUCGGACAUCCGUGGAUGACCCCUAAGAAGAACGAAGUCACUGGGGCCUACGAGUUCCGCCUCCCUGCCAAGCACUAUGUGUACCCCAUGGUGGCGGCAGAGACAGACACAGGACUGUUUGUCCAGGCUCUGCUGGCUGCACCUGCUGGGAAAAAUCUGGCUGCAUACCGCCAGUGGAUUUCGGGAGAGGAUUUCGUUGACCUUUGGGCAAAGACACUGGGGGUCAAGGCCACCUUGAAGUUCGGCUCCGUUGAUGCUGCACUUCCGGACUUUCGGGAGGAACUCGACCACAUAUUCGACUUCGGCCUUGAAUACGGCUACUUUGGACACAGCGUGGACAAGUCAUUGAUUGACCCGCACCAGCUCGAUCCCAACCUGCAGCUCGGCACAGUGGAAGAGUGGAUCAAAGCCCAAGAUUGGUCUGGUCUCGAGGACCCAUCAUCCAAAUGGGCUCACUAG